UCGAGACACAUUGCACAUUCUGAUAACGAAGAGGGUGGGCUUUUUGCAGAAAGUGGUAACAAGUGUCAGUAACAUUGCACACGCAUCGCAUCAAAAAAAAAAAAAUUAUUUUUUCGCGCCAAAAAUUUUUUUAAAUAAAACUGUACACUUGAUAAAAUGAUAGAGAAAAUUUUUUUUUGAAAAUUUAUAAUUUAAAAAAUUCCAUAAAUAUUCAAAUCCCAUAAUAAAGAGUUGCGACAAGUGUUAAAAAAAAAGGAAGAAAAAGUCCUUCUUUUUUUAAAAAAAAAGUGUAAUUUUAUUUCUUUUUUCAAAGCAAAUUUUUUAAACCCCAAUUUUUUUUAACCUUCGUUUUCAUGUCUAAUGAAAAAAUAUUCAUCGUGAGACUGAGAGUGAUUGAAAAUUAAAGGGGGGGAGGGAAUCGUGAUUCGAAGAAGGAGAGGAAAAUAAAAGCGAUCAAAACGAAGCACAAACGCAAUCACAAAUGGCGAACACGAUAUUUGGAAUAAUUUUUAAUUAUAUUCUUAUUUUUGUCAUUACGUUAAUUGUCCCUGGAAUUUUUGCUCGCACAUUUUAUGAUAAAAAUAUUUCAAAUCAAGAAUUAAACAACUUGGACUACAAUAAUUAUAAUUUGGAUGAAUAUCAGAAACCAAUGCAGAAAAGAGCAGCACUUUUGCUCGACAGACUGAUGAUUGCAUUGCAAAAAGCUAUUGAAAAUGAAGAUUCAGUGGGUGGAGGAUCGAGUGGAAAAUACUACGUGAAGUCUGGAAAUCAACUAAGGGAAAGUACCAGGCAAAAUAUUCCCUUGACAGAUGAAAAAACGAUGGAUCUUCAACGCAGAGGACAAGCAAAAGGUCGAGUUUAUUGGCGUUGUUACUUUAAUGCAGUGACAUGUUUCAGACGGAAGUGAUUUUAUUUUCCGAUCAAGACUUUAUCUAUACUCUAGAUUCCAAAAUAAAUAUCAGAAAAAAAAGUUUCACCGCAAAAAUGUCAGUGUGUUACAAAAACAAAAAAAAAUUCAUUUCCUCUGUUACUUAAUAUCAGAAAUUUACCGUAAAAAAAUUCUCAUUAAAAAAAUUAUCAUUAAAAGAAACAGAUCUCACAUAGAUUUUUAAUUUUGUGAAACUUCAUUUAAAAAAAAAAUUAUCCACGUUUCACAAAACGUGCUUGUCAAAAAAAUUAAGACAAAAAAUUGGGAAUUAAUUUCUUUUGUAAAAAAAAAUUGGAAAUUAUAUUUUCUUUGUAAAAAAAAUCCGACUGAACUGAUGAGUUUUCAAUAACUCCAUCGUAUAAAUUAAAUUGUAAUUAAAGAAAAAUUUAAUCUAUAAUUAAAUAAAUAUCUUUUCACUUAUAGUAUAUUAUAACUGAAAGAUUUACUCUGUUAAUAACACAUAUGUGCAUAUAAUUAACGUUAUACUUUUUAAGUAAGUAAUAAAAUUUAUUUUUACAAUUGAAAUUAUUUUAGAAUAAUGAAAAAAAUACGCAUUGAUAUGUAGUUAUGAAUUUUAUAAACAAUCAUAAGUUAAUGAUUUUUUAUAAUUAUUUUCAUUAUAAAAUGAAUUGUUAAUGAACAAGUUAAAAUUAACCGGAAAGUUCAUUAAUAUACGCGUAUCAAUGGUGCCAAAAGACAAAAAAAAAAAUUUUAAAUAAAAACAAACAAAAAAAAAAAUUUUGCAAAUAAUUUCAAUUGCCAACAGGAGAAAGUAUUAUAUUAAACCAAAGUAUAUGUAAUUACACUUUGAGAAUAAUAUUUCCUGUUACAAUCAAUUAAAAGUGUUAAAUUUUUAAUAUAUAAGAUAAUAAUGUUCACAUGAAUUUACACAAUUUUAGAAUUUUGUUAAAAGAAAUUAUUGCUUCUUGUACCGCAAACAGUAUUUUCUUAUCCUGUGUACCUGAUUUUUCUGUAUAAAUAAAUCUACACUUCGAAUA